AUGGGCCGACCCCGCCACCGUUUCAAGAAGGAGCGUGCUCCCAUCCGCACGAUCCUCGACCACAAGAGCUACCCACAUAUCAUGGACAUGGUUGUUGGCUUCGCGACCAUACCGUCCUUGAUUGCACUUCGCGCGACGUCGCGGUCGUUUCGAGACAAGGUCGACAACCUCAUCCUCGUGCAUGCCGCCGUCGUCCCCGAGAGCGCAUCGGCCUGGGUCAUCGACCUCACCACAUCACGGCACACGACACUGCCCGCGAGAGCCUACAUCGACUGGCUUCCCUACUGCCCGCGCAAGGUCAAAAUCCUCGACUUUGAAGCGCACCACGCAGCAGUGCUCUCUCACGACAGUGCAUAUGUCUGGGCGUCGCUGCACACCGUCAGGCGCCUGGGCGACUCGGUGUACAAGACACCAUACGACCUCGUGCAUCCCGUCCGCACCGCCGUCGACUUUCUCGACCUCUCUGAGAUCGACCCAUGGGACGGUGCCAAGAACGAACCGCUGUGGAUCAACAUCCCCCCGUCUUGCGAAUACGUGCUCCAUGUGCGCUGGAGCGAGAGCGACGACCAGUGGCGACACAUCAUCUUCAGAGGGCACGCCUUCCCGCGCACAUGGACCAUCGUAUUCUGGCCCUGCCGGCCGGGCACCAGACCGGUGCGCGAGUUCCCAGUGUACCCGCACUUCUUCCACCCCCUCCUCCUAGGCGCGACCGCGGCGUCCGGGCGGCAAGGGCAGCUCACCCUCGUCGGCGUGGAGAAGAUCAACCCGGUCCAGCUAGGCGGCGGGCUGCACGACGAUCCCGAAGACCGCAAGCGGGUUCUCUUCACCAACGCCAUGGCGAGCAUCAACGCCGAGCUGGUGGAAGCCGCACGGCUGGUGCCGUGGGACGAGUGGAGCGGCGCCCUGGGCGACAGGCGUGAGAUCAUCGGCGAAUGGCCCCCCGAGGGGCGCGUGUACCUCUGCACCGAGUGCCGCAGGACAGCCAUGACUGCCGCGGUGUUCCAGCACACCUCGUUCCCACACCUGCUCGACAACAUAAUCUCACACGCCCCGCCGCCUGCCCUACGCGCUCUGCGCGCCACCUCGCGCGAGUAUCGCGACCGAGUAGACGCCCUCCCGCUCUCGCACGUAGUCUUCUUCGAGACCGCCGCGGGACCGCGCAUUGGCGCCCUCCGCCCCACGGGCAUCCUCGAGCCCUUCCGCCCGUUCCAGCCCUUCCCGGUGUCGCCGGGCAACGCGCUGGCCGUCGACGUGCGCACGGGCCGCUCGAUCGACAAGGUGGCCUACGGGCCCAUGGCGGAGGGGUUCACGUCGGUGUCGACGCUGCGCCGCGUCGGGCCCGGCGUCGCGGGGUGCCGCUUCAACUUCUCGUCCGUGACCACGCUCAUCGACUUCAUCGACCUCGCCGCUGCGCCGAGCGUCGUGCUGCGUAUCCCGCCGCUGGUGGCGCGGUACGUCGUCCACCUCGCGCUCGACGGGCGCGGCAUGCACGCGCUCGCGUCGCCGCGCCUCGGCGCGCGCAAGGCGUCGUCGCAUGUCGGCGACUGGGUCGUGGUCAUCCACCCUAGCGCCACUGCGUCGGCGAGCACCGGCACGCGCCGCGACGACACCCGUGGUAACCUCCUCGCGCACCUCGUGUACGCGCUGCGCCGGAACGCCAAAGUCACCAUUGUCGGUCUUGAGCAGCUCCGCUCCCAGAACGGCGAGUAUGUCGACGCAGUGGGCACCACCGACAUCCUCGAGCAACUCUUCCGCGGUCAGAUCGAGCACCACCCGCUCAAUAGGGUUGCUGGGCUCGGCGAGCACCCGCUGCUCCGCUUUGUUGGGCUGCGCGAGUGGUGGGAUGAGCUCGGGGGGAGGGCCAAGAUGGAGGGCUACUGGCCUGCCAAGCUGCGCACGGCGUGA